AUGCCGCAGCGGCCCGUGGCGUACACGGCCAACUACGAGUGCCCGGAUGAGAACUACAUUGCGACGCAGGAGCGGCAGCACAUGGACGACGUCCACGAUCAGCACCUGCGCGAGAUGCGUCCGAUGAUCUCCAAGGAGCUGACGCAUGACUUUGUCAAGCCAGACGCGCCCAACAAGAAGCGGCUCGCGCUCGAGCACGAGCGCCAAAUGGAGAUUUCGCUCGAAAACAACAUUUUGAUCGACAAGAUGCAGCGCAUUCUAUCGCGGAAGGAGCGACUUGGCCACUUUCCCGAGCUGCAAAAGGCGUCGGCACCCAAACCGACCAACGCCCCCAUGCGGGAGCGCGUCCAGAGCCAGAUCAAGAGCGAGAACGCCGCAAUGAAGAGCCACCUCGCCCACGUCAAGGGCACGUACAACGUCGCCACGUGGGCCAAAGAAGCGGAGCAGACCGACAGGUUGGUGCAGCAAAUUUCCAAAGUACCGCGGCGCGCCAAGACCAAGCAGCGCCGAAAGCGGCAGCCGAGUCCCGACGAGUCCAAGCUGCAGGAGUUUGAGUUCCUCGUGCUCACCAAGACGGACACGGGGCUGCCGAUGCGCACGGCCAAAGAGAUCCGCGCCCACAUCCACGCCAAACUGCCCUCGAUCCACCAAAGAGCAGCGCUGUACAUGCCAUCGCGACCGGACCCGUUUGAGAUCCCUCGACGACCGUUCGAGUAG